UUUAUUUACCUACAUUUUCAUUAUUUUUCUAGUUAUUAUUUUUUUUUUUAUGAAAACUUAAUUAGAAGUACAAAAAACUAUGAUGUGGUUUGUCGUUCAUUUUUUUAAUGAUGAAUCAGUGGAAGCAGUCCCUGACACGUGGCUAAAAAAAAAUACAUGUGCAUGGCCAAAAGAUAAAAAACAUAUUAAAAGAUCCAUUGAAAAAAGAGUUAUUCCUAACCAGCUAGAAUUUUUAUGGUUGCCAGCACGAAAACUUGGAAAUGCCUAUAGUAGUUUGGAAUCAGCUCGUUCUAAAUGUAAAUUAGCCCAAUAUUUAUCUGACUUAUCAGCCACUGAAGAAAUCCAUUUUCCCAAAAGUAAAAAAAAUUGUGAAUCCAAAAGAAUUGCAAGUCCUCCUAUGUUGAAAACUACAGGUUUAAAUAAAAAAUUUAAGAUGCUUAUAUCAAAUAAUACAAGUGGGGAAUCUGAUGAAGAAAUAUAUGAUUCUGAUAAAGAUCCAGUAUAUGUUAUAACCACCCCCGUGUUAAAGAAAACUGUGAUAAAUUAUUAAUACUAUCAAGUCCACUUUUAGUAGCAAACACAUCAGUUGAUGUUAAUAAAUCUGUUUCCUAUGUUCAGUCUCCAAUUGGAAAAAUAAUGGUCGAAAAUAUAGAUAAUAAUUUAUCCUAUGUUAAAGAAAAAAACUUGAGUGGAAGAUCUAUUAAACAUAUGAGCAAUGAAACUAAUAUGUCAAAUUCAGUUUAUGACACAUCAGUUUCUUAUAUUCAGUCUGCUAUUGGUAAAGUAAGAGUUGAAAAUAUCAAAUCUGUUUCUGAACCACGGUUUUAUAAAAAUAACAAUGAAUCAAUUGCUAAAAGAUCAUUGAACUUUGAACCCGAGUCAAGUAAAUUUUCCAUGCAUUCUUCAACAGAGUUUGAUACAAAUAAAAAACCAUUGAUGUCUAACGCUGAAUUUCAAGCUUUUGUUAUAAGUUCACUAUCUAAACUUAAGUUUGAAAUCAGUAGUAUGAGUUCUACUAUUCAUGCAAAUUAUAUAUCCUCUGAAGCAUUUUAUAAAAAUGUUGGAAAUUCAACUUCUUUAAAUUUGUCAAAUAACAUUCAACAGUCUCUGGAUAUAAGUGAAAUAUUUCCCAUAAAUACAGAAGAUCAAUUAAAAAAUUUUGAUGACAAGUUAAAAUCAAACAAUGAUUUUAAAUUAAAUGUGAUGGCCAAAUUGUCUUUAUUUGUUGGCAUUAAAAAUGUUGGCGAUAGUGUACGUCGUUUGAUGUCUAGAAUGUUUUCUGAUGAAUUACUUCAAAAUUAUUCUCUACUGGGGUUUAAGAAGAAAAAUAGAUUUUCUAAUUUCUUGGUCUACCGUCUUAUUCUAGAUGUCAUUAGAGUUCAACCGAAAUUCAGCUCUACUCUUGACAAAGAAAUUGAUGUACCAAUAUCCACUUGGCUCUCUCAUGAAAAAUUCCGUAUUAAAGAUAAAAAUAUUUAA